GUGGGCGCAUUUGCUUCACCCACCCGCCCUGGUUUUCCUCCCAAACCCGCCCCUGGUUUCUUUCCCCCAUCUUCACUGACAAGCUUCGCACAAUGUUUGACAUCACAUCACAUCAUCCACAUCUAUAUAUAUCUUCUAUGCAACACUUUCACACCAUCCAUCUACUUCACAACCCAAUUAGAAAUACUUAAAAAAUUCUUUCUUUACUUGUAAUUUGCAUCUACUAAAUUUUAAAUCGACCUUCAAGAAAGAAAAAAACAUGAGUUCAACUAGCAGAGCUUGGAUUGCGGCAGCAAGCGUAGGAGCUGUGGAGGCUUUGAAAGAUCAAGGGAUCUGCAGAUGGAACUACACCAUCAGAUCAAUUCACCACCACGCCAAGACCAAUCUCAGAUCCUUCUCUCAGCGAAAUAAGCUUUCUUCAUCGUCUCCGGCCAAGGUUGCGAGCACGUCGAUGAGGAGGGAAGAGAGGGCGAAGCAACAGCGAUCGGAGAAGUCUCUCAGGAACGUCAUGUACUUGAGCUGUUGGGGUCCCAAUUGAUCAUCCAACCCCAACCCUAUAUCUGAAUGUGGCAAGACAGAGGCUCAAAUGUAAAUAUACAUGAUAAAAAGUUUUGAUUUAAUUAUAAGAGAAAUGUUGUCUCUUGAAUUUGGGAUAUUAUUGUUCGCAAUGACAGCAAAUUACACUCUACUACACUCUCAACUUCCCCUUGUCAUUUGUUCUUCUUAGCUAAAAAUGAUUACAUUCUAUUCCAUUAAUCUUCUAAUUUGUUUCAAACUCGAACAUUUUGCAUUAUUGACAUUCUCUUAUAAUAGUAAUCAAUCAAAAAAACAUGGCACCUUAAUUUA